AUGAAGCGAGCACACUCUAUGCUUAUAUUUUUGGACAGUAUAUCCACCAAGUGUAUUCCUCCACGAACCGCCGCUCAGCUCGAGCAGAUGGCGCGCAAGAAGGCCGAGGCGCAGCAGCUCCAGAUUAUCAUUUCCAACGAUCAGGACUGGGAAAAUGCUUGCAAGAGGACGGGCCUACUGGUCGUCGACGUGUACCAGGAAUGGGCGGGUCCGUGUUCCAGCAUGACGGGGCAUCUUCGGAGGAUCAAGCUAGAACUAGGAGAUGAAUUCCUCACCUUGGCCAUGCCAAACAUCGCGUAUUAUUUUGCAAUUGACCAGGCUAAAGCAGACAACAUCAGUGUCCUGGAGAAGUUUAGAGGGAAAGCAGAGCCUACCUGGCUGUUCCUAGGGUGCGGGAAGCCCCUGGGAGUGAUCCACGGCGCUGACGGACCCAAUCUGCUGUCCACCAUCAGGCUGUUGCUGAAGAAGGAGAUAUCGAUCAUCAAGGGACAGGGAGGAGAGCGGGAUGUGGUCCUACUGGAAUCCCUAGUGAAGCCUGAAGAAGUGCUAGAACCUGACGAGGACCUGGACGACGUCGAGGGCGAAAUGCAGAACUUGGACAGCGAGGAGGGUUCGGUGGCGGAGGAGGAACCCCUGCAACAAGCCGUUCUUUUCAUCUUGCCUCACAUCAUCUCGCAAGAGAAGACGGAGACUUUCCUCUCGAACGUCGUGGCUGCAGGUGAGGGGCUUGUGGCCGAGGGUCGAGCGAUGAUCAAUAGCAAAGAAGGGGGCGGAGAGGAAGGAGAAGAAGGAGGAGAUGAGGAAGGCAACGAGGACGACGAGAAAGAAAAAGACGGAGAAGUGGUGGAGGAUGACCUUGAAGACUGGGAGGAGAAGCUUAGUCACGGGCCGCUGUAUAUGUUGUAUCUUAAUCUAUCAGAUUGUGUUCUGGAGCGCAUGGGCGUCAGCGGCGUGCAGGUGCUGGCCCACACGCAGCUCACCCUCCAGCAGGAAGCGAUUCAGUCCUUGCCCAGUCUCUCGGCCUCGCAGCAGCUGGCUUCUGCUGCUGGCUCCUCCGUACUGGCGGUGGUAGUGGCGGGCGAAGGGACAGAGGAAUGCGUGCAGGAGUUCGGGCCGCUGCACUUGAGCUCGGAUACGGCCAGCGCCAACGCCGAGGUGGAACUUUUCUUCCCGGAUUUCCUCGCCGCGCAGGACAACCAGGACGAGCCGCAGACACAGAUGCAGAUCGAGCAAAGGAAAGAGGCCAAGUGAGCACCCCCUCCCCUCCCACUACAGUCUGCUGGAAGGGCAAGGGGGUGGAUGAAGGAGAGGGAGGGGGAGGGCGUGGUUGCACUUGGCCAGGCUCUGUCUCUUUCUGUUUCUGUCUCUCUCUUUCUCU